AUGAAACUCCGACAGCGCUUUCUCGCCCUCCUCCUAGCUCUCGUCCCCGCCCCCUCCCUCGCGGCCAACGCGUUCCCGAUCCCCGGUAUGCCUCCUCCGUUCUCGGAUCCCGAACGCUGCUCCCCGCCGCUCGCGGACAUCCUCGGCACCCACCGGUCUCUCACCUCCUUCUCCUCCUUUGCCCGUCUGCAGACCUCCACCACGGCCCUGCUCGCCGACCUCACCUCCAACACCACCGUGCUGGCGCCCCUCAACUCGGCCAUCGAGCGCCUGCCUCGAAAGCCCUGGGAGGAUCCUCGCGAGUACGAAGUGCUCGGCGCCCAGGCCUACGACGGCUCCGGAGGCGAGCAUCGCGCCAACGAGAACCUCAGAAAGUUCGUCGAGGCCCACCUCCUUACCGCGAGCCCCUGGUACCGUAAUGUCAGAGCCACCACCGUCGCCGGCAAGGAGCUCUGGUGGGAGGAGAAGGACGGCAAGAGGGUCAUCAUGCCCGACCGCGUCGAGGUAGAAAAAGUGGCAAGCCAGGUAGCAAACGGCGAAAUCUGGAUACUGACGGGAGUCUUGAAGUAUGCCUGA